AUGGAAGCUGAGAUCGUCUUCUUCGACUUGGAAACUACAGUGCCCAAUAGAAUCGGGCAACGGUUUCGAGUAUUGGAAUUCGGUGCUAUUGUCAUCUGCCCCAUGAAGCUUGUGGAGCUUCAGAGCUUUGCUACCCUCAUCAGGCCGAAGGAUCUGUCGGCUGUUUCAUUGAGGUCCACCCGACCUGAUGGGAUAACAAGAGAAAUCGUUGCCACUGCGCCAUUGUUUGAGGAAGUUGCAGACAAGAUUUUCAGCAUCUUGAAUGGAAGGAUAUGGGCAGGCCAUAACAUUCGAAGAUUCGAUUGUGUUCGUAUUAGGGAGGCGUUCGCGGAGAUUGGCAGGCCUGCUCCUACCCCAGUUGGGAUGGUUGAUUCCUUAGGAAUCUUAACUCACAAGUUUGGCAAGAGAGCAGGGAACAUGAAGAUGGCAUCAUUGGCUUCUUACUUUCAGCUGGGGCAGCAAAAGCACAGGAGCCUUGAUGAUGUUCGUAUGAACUUGGAGGUCCUCAAGCAUUGUGCUACUGUUCUAUUUCUGGAAUCGACCCUCCCAAGCAUAUUGCAGGGGAAGUGGAAGACUUCAUCCACCAUAACAACCCGAAACAGAGCAAAUGGGAAGCUGCAUUGCAGAGAGGAAAGUAGUCGAAAAUCCCCUCCAUCGUCGCCUGGGUAUCAACUGAGAUCAGCUCCUUAUGCAAGGGAAAGACUGGGAAUUGGAAAGAUGGCAGCUGAGGUAAAGAAUGUAUUCUGCAUGGCUCACCGAAAGCCGCAUCUUAACGUCUUACUUAAACAUUCUCGAUCGCUACUAAGGUAACUGAAACCAAAGAAUGUAGUCUGAACAUAACAAACAGAGUUCAUUCUUUCAUUCUUUCAUUACUUCAUCUGUAAAAGAGUGAUAGAUGAUGUUCUUGGGAGAGAUUCUUUGAUGCACAGAGAUGUAACAAUAUUAGCAUAAUCAAACAGUUCAUUCUUUCAUAAAUAGCAGAGUACAUGUUACUAGGCAAUGUUGAAUGUCAAAAUGUACAUAUAAUUAAUGGGGUUCGUAUUUUUUUUACAAUUUGGAUGAAUAAGUGAGGGAGGGAAGGAAGGAAGGACAUGUGUUUGUCUAGUUAGUAUGAACUUUAAGUCCAUUCCAACUAAAGUUUGAUGGGAAAGUCCAAAGGAAUGGUGUUUGUUUCAA